AAUGCCAUAUGCGUUUUAGUUACAAGUGUCUGUUGUAAAGGAAGUUCUUACAGUAGCUCAGCACUUUGAGAAUCAGACCGGAGAUGCUGUGACGCGUGUAUCAUUUUACUUUCAAUUUAAGCAUUUAAAGCUCUUCUAGCAGGCUCCAGGUCUCUCCCAUCACAAUGGUCAUCGAGUCAGACUCUGUCAGUCCCAGCCAUGCUCUGUUUGACCGCUUUGUCCAGGCACAGUCCUGCAAAGAAACACAGCAGAACUUCGUUGAACUCUGCCGCCACCUGGAGGUCGAUCCUAAGGACUACAAGCACUUCUACAGCAAACUCAAGGACAGACUCAACUACUGGAAAGCCAAAGAACUCUGGCAGAAGAUCGACAAGAGAGGCACCCAUCCGGAUUAUGAACAGGGCCAGGCGUGUCAGCAAAACAAGUGUUUAGUGUUGGGUGCGGGUCCAUGCGGUCUCAGGACGGCGAUUGAAUUAGCUCUGCUAGGCGCUAAGGUAGUCAUACUGGAAAAAAGAGGGUCCUUUACAAGGAAUAAUGUCCUGCAUUUGUGGCCGUACACCAUUCGAGAUCUUCUCAACCUCGGUGCAAAGAAAUUCUAUGGCAGAUUCUGCAGUGGAUCCAUUCAUCACAUAAGUAUCCGUCAGCUGCAGUUGAUUCUGCUGAAACUGGCCCUUAUUUUGGGGGUUGAGGUGCACACUGAAGUGACUUUUGAAGAUCUGCUGGAGCCAUCAGGGUCUACAGGAUGGAGGGCAAAGAUGUCUCCUGCGUCCCACACAGCUGCCGCUUUUGAGUUUGAUGUUUUUAUUUCAGCUGGAGGGGGAAAAUAUGUGCCCAGUGGUUUUAAGAUAAAAGAUACCAGGACAAAGUUGGCCAUCGGUAUCACUGCAAACUUCGUAAACCGCCACACUAAAGAGGAGGCUCAGGUGCAGGAGAUCAGCGGCGUGGCCCGAAUAUACAACCAGAAAUUCUUCCAAGCACUCCAGUCUGAAAUCGGCGUUGAUCUAGAGAACAUUGUCUACUACAAAGAUGAUACUCACUACUUUGUGAUGACUGCAAAAAAAGCGAGCUUGUUAAAAAAAGGAGUGAUAAAGCAGGACUUUUCUGAUGUCGAUCAGUUGCUCGCACCUGCAAAUGUCAACCAGGGGGCCCUGCAGAAGUACGCAUACGACGCCGCUGACUUCUCCACAGAUCACAUGCUGCCGGACCUGGAGUUUGCAAAGAACCAUGUAGGCAAACCUGACGUGGCCAUGUUUGACUUCACCUGCAUGCACAGGGCAGAGAACGCCUCUCUGGUGAGGGAGAGGAAGGGGAAGAGACUGCUCAUCGCGUUGGUGGGAGACAGUCUGGUAGAGCCGUUUUGGCCUCUGGGUACUGGCAUUGCUCGUGGUUUCCUGGCUGCGUUUGACACAGCGUGGAUGGUCAGGAGUUGGGGAAAAGGUGUCCCACCCCUGGAGGUGUUGGCAGAGAGGGAGAGCGUUUAUCAGUUACUCUCUCAGGCGUCUCCAGAAAACACCAGCAAGAACUACGCUGCCUACAGCAUCGAUCCAUCCACGCGUUACCCAAACGUCAACCGGUCCUCUAUCAAACCCAUACAGAUCAAGCGCCUGUAUGACAUAGAGGAUGGUAAAGCCUACAAACAGACGAAACCCAUCAUAAAAACUAAACCUAAAAAAGACUCUAUGAGGCGUCUGGAGGAUCUGCUGUCCUGGUGUCAGAAGAACACAUCGGGGUACAAACAUGUGAAGGUGAAAGACCUGACCGAGUCCUGGAGGUCCGGCAUGGCUCUCUGCGCUCUCAUCCACAGCUUCAGACCUGACCUCAUUGACAUGUCUUGUCUAGAUGAAUAUAACAUCACUGGGAACAAUAAGUUGGCCUUUGACCUUGUGGAGAAAGAGCUUGGCGUUGCCCCCAUCAUGCGUCCCAGUGAUAUGACCACCUGCGGGAAAAUUGACCAGCUGUCUAUGGUUGCCUACCUCACGCAGAUACGCAACGCUCUCACAGAGAAACAUACACCAGCAGAGCGCUCCAACAGCCUCUCACCCAACACCAAGACCCUCUCGCUGUCCAGAGCCCGCACGGCCACCUUCUUCCUCAACACGCUUAAGCGCAACUCUAUCCAAAGGCGCAAGGACCGGCUGGCAUCGGAGAAAGGACCAAAACAGCAAAAGAUGAAGGAGAAAGAGGAGGAGAAGGAAGUGAAAGAGGAAAAACCUGCGGCGCCUGUAGUGCCCAUGUCCUCAUCAGAGGCAGGCAGCAGUGAGCUCUGUUAUUUCUGCAACAAGCAUCUCUACGUGCUGGAGAGAGGAAGUGCUGAGGGCAAGUUCUUCCAUCGCAGUUGCUUCAAUUGUUAUCAGUGCAACUCCACCCUGCGGCAGGGCGGAUACACUUUCCACGCCGACACGGGGAGAUUCUACUGUGAGCUGCACUCAGCGGCCGAGGAAGAAGAGGGUGAUGAAGGUCACAGAGGCUCACAGAAUUGUGUCGAAAAUAAGGGGGAGGAUAAAGAGAAAACUCAAAAUGGUGAAACUGUGGAGAUCUCAUCCCCACCUCCACACCUCUCCGUACGAAGGAAGGGCUCGUAUAAGAUCUCCGUUGACCCUGACUUUGAAGAAUCGACUGAGUGUCUUACUCCAACAGAGCAGGAAGACCAACCGCCAUCUGACUCUCAAGAACCGCACAAACCCUCAGAGAGCACAGGCGCUGAGAACCAACCAAACAACAGCAGUCCGUCCGUUCCAGUGCCGGCCCCGCGAGCGUCCAGAGCUCCGCUUGCGAAACCUCGCACUGUCCAUAACGUGGUGCCCUCAGAGGCAGAGCAGAACCAAGAGGAAAGUCAUCACGACCUCACACCAGAAUCCAAACCCAAACCAUCCCUGCGCAAACUUCAGCUGAGCGAAGAGGAAAAAGCCGACCUGCUCAGCCAGGAUUCAGACUCGGAGACGCCCGCCUCGUCUUCUGCCGCUUCCACCUCCUCUUCCUCCAAGCAGCACGAAGGAGUUGAGGAGGAGGGCUACUGGAGCGGAGGCACCGCGACCGGGAGGAGCAUGAGGGACCAGCGGAACCGUCGCUGCAUGAGAAGAAAGAGCGAACCGCCACCGUCCACACAGUCGCAACAUGGAAAGUUGCGCUCCAAGUUUUCUCCGUGGAAUCUGUCUUCACCUCGACUACAACAGCGCUUCAGCGUCCUUAGAGUCGCACCUUCAGGACAAGCUCAGCUAGACCAUUAUGUGUCAGAAGAUGAUAAUGAAGCUGGUGCUGAUGAUGACGAAGAUGAGGAUGAAGAGGAUCUUCAACGAGAAGACAAUUAUUUGGAUUGCAAGGGGGCUGAUUUUGAGAUUUCUGAGUCAGAGAAACGUGACCUAAAGAGGAUGAAAACUCUGGAACGGAAAGCAAGGAUGAGCGAAAUUCAGCGCUUCCACAAAGCUCAGACGAUUCAGAGACGGCUGGAUGAGAUAGAAGUGACCUUUAAAGAGCUGGAGGAGAAAGGAGUGGAGCUGGAGAGAGCUCUGAGAGGAGAGGCUGGUUCAGACCCUGAAACGAUUGAUCAGUGGAUUGAUCUGGUCCAGGAGAAGAACAGUCUGCUCUCUGAGGAGUCGGAUCUCAUGGUGGCGUCUCGACAGCUGGAGCUGGAAGACAAACAGAGCAUGUUAGAGAUGGAGCUGCGCAGAUACAUGGAAAUGGAUGACUCUGAGAAAACUUCUGAGCAGCGACAACAUGAGAAUCAGAUCCUGCAGGAGAUGCUGGACGUGGUGGACAUGAGGGAUUCACUGGUGGCCUUCCUAGAGGAAAAGAGGUUGAAGGAAGUCAAUGAUGAACUGCUGGGAAGCUCAGUACUGGAGGCCAAGAGACAUUCAACCGCAGCAUCCCAGGUGCUCUGGGACUAAGACAUCACGAACACCACACUUUUGAGUGCCACAACACCUUAACAGAGUAGUUCACUAUAAACUUAAUUAGCUAAUCAUCCUCAUGCCAUUAAAAACCUUCUAUGACUUUCUAUCUUCUGGAAAACAAAAGGAAAAAUUACAUACAAUGAAACUGAAAGGUCACCAAGAGCUGUCAAGCAACAAGAAGGACAAAAAGCACCACAAAAUCAUCAUAAAAGUACUUAUAAGUCCUUGAAGCCACAUGAUUGAUGUGAUGUUUUAUUAGCUUUCAUAUAAAGUUUUAAAAGUGUUUUUUCUGACUCAAGUCGCAUUAGUGCCUCAUAACCAGUUUUGAGCCUCAACAGCUCACUAUUUACUUUUAUAGCAUAGAAAAUAGAAAGUCAUGCACUUAAUUAAAGAGAAAGUCAUAUAGGUUUGCACUGACACAAGGGUGAAUAAAUGAUAACAGAAUAUUUAUUUCUGGGUGAACUGUCUCUUUAAAGAUUCACUUAUGUCACACAAACCCAAUGACUUGCAGGCACAAAUACAUACAUUGCACAACUUUGUGCAGAGACUUUGCUCUUGAAAACCAAAGACUUCAACGCAUCUGCGCACACAGGUUUAUGACACUUAAGAUUCAGAAAAUAGUGCCAGCCGAUAUGGUCUCGCUCCAACAUUAAAUGUGCUUUCAAACGGAUACAGAAACUCUGAAGACUGUAGAAAGUGUUGUGGAACUGCACAUCCGUCUCAGCCUUCACUGCCCGGACACAGCCUUUCACGAGACCAACGGCGGUCAAGCUUCAGACUCACAAACUUAAACGCUUAAACACACGGACUUUACUGGGGCAGAUGUUUACGCACACGUGUGCGAUUGUAUUGCAUCUCGCACUUUUAUAAGAGUCUAUCAAGGUCAUGUAUGUUCUAGUAUCAAAAAUAUCGAAGCUUGUUGUUUCUGCCACAGGAUUUAAAAAAAAUUAUGUAUAGGUAAUGGUGACUUUUUAUCUCACAAGUGCAAGAUGUAAACUCAGAAUUACCAGAUAUAAAGUUAGAAAUGCUAAAUGCAGUUGUAACAAAAAAAAUUUGAAAACAAAAACAAAAUUGUAUGAUGCAAAGUCAGAAUUUUGAGAAAAAAAAGUCAAGCUUGUUUUUGUUCUUGGAAUUGAAAAAAAAAAAAAAAGUAAAUAUGACGACUUUUCUUAAAAUUCAGAUUUUAAGAUAAAUUUACAAUUAUUCUUGUGAAAUGUAGUCAGAAUUUUGAAAAAAGUCUGAAUUAUAAUAAUAGUUUUUAUCAUCAUUAUUGUUUGGCAGGAAAAAAAAGAUAAUUGUUACUUUUUACUUUCAGAAUUCUAACUUUUUUUUUUUUUUUUUUUUUUUUUUUGGCAAAAUUAAACUUUCUGAGGUGUAAAGUCAGCAAUUGCUAUUGAUAUAAACUUGCAGUUGUGAGGGAAAAAAAAACUUAGAACUGCCAGAUAUAAAGUCAGAAUUGCAAAAUGUAAAAUGCAAAAAAAAAAAGUCAAGCUUGUUUUUGCCAUAAAAUUAAAAAAGGGGGUAAAUGCUAAUUUUUAUCUUAAAAUUCUGUUGUUUUUUUUCCUUGUGAAAUCUAAUCUCACAGUUUAAACUUGUAAAAUGUAGUUACAAUUCUGAGGAAAAAAAGGCAGAAUUGUAGGAUAAAAAGUGCAAUUGCAAUAAUCCUUUAUUUAAACCAUUAUUGUUAUUAUUACUUGGAAGGAAAAGAAGAUAAUUGCUCUUACUUUUAGAAUUCUAACUUUAUAUUUUUGCAAAAAUUUAAACUUAAAGUUUUGAGAUGUAAAGUCAGAAUUGCAAAUGCCAGAUAUAAAGUAAAAAUUGCAAAAUGCAAAAAAAAAAAAAUAAUAAUAAUAAUAAAAGUAAACUUGUUUUUGCCAUGGAAUUAAAAAAGGGGGUAAAUGUAAAAUUUAAUCUCAAAAUUCAGAUUUUUUUCUUGCAAAAUGUAAACUCACAAUUAAACUUGUAUGUUAGAAUUUAAAAAUGUAGUUCGAAUUCUGAGGGGAAAAAUAAGUCAGAACUGUAGGAUAAAAAACUGCAAUAAUCCUUUUUAAUCAUUAUUAUUAUUACUUGGCAGGAAAAAAAGGACAAUUGCUACUUUUUAUCUUAGAAUUCUAACUUUUUGAUAUUUUGGUGCAAUUCAAACUUAGAAUUCUGAGAUGUAAAGUCAAAAAUACAAGUUUUUAACUUCAAGGUCAGAAUUGUAAGGUAAAAAGGUCAUGAUUACCUUUAUUUUUUUUUAUUUUGUGGCAGAAAUAAGCUUGCAUAGAAAAUGUCCUCAUUAAAAGAUAUUAUAUAAAAAGGUAUUUACAUAUUUAUAAUGUCGUAUUUGGCAGAAAUAAUGGCAUAACCUGAUUCAUGUCCAAGUUCAUGUCUUAAACAGCACUUGCAUUGUAUAAUUAUGAAUAUAUUACAGCUUUGCAACAAGAGAUUCAAUAUCACAAUGAGCUUUUGUGCAAUGUAUUAUGUAUUUAGGUUUUUCCUUGUAAGUGAUUGUAUUUUGUUAUUCUUCUAAAUUUCACACAUUCUUCUUCUGAUUAUUCAUUGUUUUGCUAUUUUCUGCAUGAUCAUGUUUUUCUCUCAGGGGUACAUAUGCCUGGACCGGUUGGCAUUUCUAUAUUUUUAAUUCCGUAUAUUUGCGUAUCAUUAUUUGAAUGAUAUAUACAGUAUAUAAUACUCGUUCAUGAAUUCAUUUAGGGACACACGAAGAAGCAGAAAGUCUGUGGAGAAUUAUUACUUGGUAUUUUUGUGUUUGAUAAAGUGAUUUUCAUUUUUCUGAGGCACUGAGAAUAAUUAGUGGCAUUAAUUCUUGUCGGAGAGGAAUUUGUGCUCGUGUUUUGGGAACAGUGGUGUAAUUUUUGCUGUUUGCUUUUGCUCCCUGAUUGUAUUUCUUUUCUUUAACUAUGUUCACGCACACAUUACUUGUACACACCAGUGGUUUCUUUUCUAUGGGGACGGUAAUUCACUAAAUAUGCUAAUAAAAUAUCUAGCACUUUGA